GCCAAGCAGAAGAGAUAAAACACACGACAAGCUGUGGAACUGUUUCGUUGCGUGCAGCUGCGUGCUUAAAUUCAGUAUACCUUGACGAGCUUUACAAACUUUAAAAUGUCUUACGCAUACCUUUUCAAGUAUAUCAUUAUUGGCGACACGGGAGUUGGCAAGUCCUGUCUCCUUCUACAAUUCACGGAUAAGCGAUUUCAACCUGUUCAUGAUUUAACAAUCGGGGUUGAAUUUGGAGCACGUAUGAUAACUAUUGAUGGAAAACAGAUCAAGUUACAGAUUUGGGAUACUGCCGGUCAAGAGGCAUUCCGUUCAAUUACAAGGUCAUAUUACCGUGGGGCAGCGGGAGCUCUGCUCGUAUAUGAUAUUACCCGUAGGGAGACAUUUAAUCAUCUGACAACAUGGCUAGAAGAUGCAAGGCAACAUUCGAAUUCCAACAUGGUAAUAAUGCUGAUUGGCAACAAGAGCGAUCUUGAAAGUAGAAGAGAGGUUAAGAGGGAAGAAGGUGAAGGAUUUGCACGGGAGCAUGGACUUGUUUUUAUGGAGACUAGUGCAAAGACAGCAGCCAAUGUAGAAGAAGCAUUUAUUAAUACAGCCAAAGAAAUUUACGAAAAAAUACAGGAAGGUGUCUUCGAUAUCAAUAAUGAGGCAAAUGGAAUUAAGAUUGGCCCUCAACAUUCUCCGACUAGCCCUGGUGGACUAGCUGGUACCGGAGGUCAGGGUGGUGCGCAAGGUGGUGGGUGCUGCUAGGGCCUGGGGGUAGCUUGCCCUCCACUACACCCCUCUCCGAUCUGAAUCGAUCAUCCCAUUCCCGAUCCUCAUUUUAUCCCAAACCACCUUCUUUGUACAUUUAAUUUUUGUGCGUCGCAUCACGAGGUAACGAGUGAUAAUUGAUGUAUUUAUUAUUUAAACAAUCUUUACACGUAAUGGAUAGGAUACUGUAAGGCAAGUGUUGUAUAUCACUGAAAACAUGGAAUCAUAAUAAAGUCUAAUUUACAGAUUGUCACAGAAAUCAAUCUACAUUGCUUCUUAAUUGUGCAAUACAUUUAAAAUUGAAGCUACAGACUUUGCUCUUUUACUAGUCAAAUUUAAUCAAGAAAUUUCUAAUAAAUUAGUUCAAUGCUUAAAGGUAAUUACUCGCUUUGAAGAAACGUAAAAGAUUACAUUAACGGCACAUGACAUUACAUUUUGCAAGCUUCUAGUUUUGGAAUGAGAACUCAAGUUUCCUUCCAUGCAUAUUUAAAAGCAUAGGAAAGGACAUUGCAGUAAUUCUAAGAAAACGUAAUAAUUUUCACUCGUUCACCUAACGCGACAGUAUAUAUAUGUAUGUACUAUUGAUGUACUUGAAUAUUGAAUAUGUAAUGGAUUCAAUUCGUUCUUCAGUGGAGAACUGCAUAGCGAAAUCAGAAUGUUUCAUUUGAUAGAAAUGUAACAAAGCCUAAUUACGUAUGUGUUAUCUGUAUUCAUGGCAUGGAAAGAAAAGUUUGUGUUGUACAUAAAGAUUUUGAGUCAAGGUUACUUUAGAGACUUUUACAUAAGUUUUGUUUCUCUGCUGCUUAAUUGAAAUUUUCAUUUACCACUACCUUUGCUGUAAAACAUUUUAUUCCAAACUAUGUGACCAAGAUGAACGGUACAAGAACAAAUGUGUGCUACCUUUUGAAUGAUAAACUACUUUAUUGUAUUGUAAAAUAAGUAUAUGCUAUGAAAAAUUGUCAUAACGUAUCAUAUUAUUGGGACAAGAAUUAUAGAUCUGCAUUAGAGAGCAAGAGAAACAUAAAUUCAUGUACCAAGCAUAAUUAGCGCACAUACUCCAUCGUCUUACAAUUAUUUUAGCACUAGUCACAAAUAACACAAUUAAAUGUCUAAUAACUAUCUUAUGAGGAAAAUCGAGCAAAAAAUGUAUACCCUAUUAAUAUAAUUCUACUUCGUAUAUAUAAAGGGGAACAUUAAUUUGCUUUGUUCCAAUGAUGACUAUAUAAUCUUUAAUCUAUCUGCACUUGGUAGGAAUUCUUGUUAAUCGAUAUAUUAUGGAGCAUCAUACCUUUGUGGGAGUUUAUGUUUUACAUUUCAAUUAUGCUUAUGUAUCUUCAUUACCAAGCAAUAUAUACUGAUUUUUGUGAAAUAAA